AUGUUAAUUCACUGCAACCUGGCAACGCUGUUACUUGUGCUUACUCUUGAUCGUCAUACAAUCACUGGAGGUCAUGAGGCAGUGCCACAUAGCAGGCCAUACAUGGUGCUUUUGGAAAGGUACAUGUCAAGUGGUAAAAUAAAGUACUGUCCUGGUUUCCUUCUGAAUGAGGAUCUUGUGAUGACUGCUGUGCAUUGUCAAGCAAAGUAUUACACAGCCUUACUAGGAGUUCACAGUGUACAUUCACGUAAUCAAAUCCAUCGCAUAUCUAUGGAACAAGCAUUUCCACAUCAACACUUCAAUAGAACUUCUUAUGUGAAUGAUGUAAUGCUUCUGAAGUUGAGCUCCAAGGCAAAGUUCAACAUGAAUGUGAGACCUAUUGCGCUCGCAGACAGAGAUCAUGAAUUUCUACCAAGAUCAUGUGUAAUCUCUGGCUGGGGACGACCAGACAGGAAUAGUAAAUAUAUCUCUCCCAAACUCAUGGAAGUCAGUGUAACACUGGUUGACAGUGAGGUGUGUUCUAUGGAAAACUUCUACUGCUCUCAGGGAGAGACUGGUCCAGGAGAUGGAGAUUCUGGUGGGCCAUUAGUCUGUGAAGAUGGAAAGGUGUAUGGUGUGAUAUGA